AUGGAAGAGGAAAAAUUAAAUAGACUGCUAGUUGAAAAGGAUGCCAAAAUAAGCGAAAUGGCUAAAAAACUUGAUGAGCAGCUUAAAAUAAUGGAAAUAUUGAGCCAGAGACUGCAGCAAGAUGAAUUAGAAAACCAAAGAUUAAUGAAAAAGUACCUGAAAAAAGACGAACAACUAAAGCAAGAAAAAAGUGACAAAAAGAUUUUGAUAGGAAGAGAAAAAGAGCUGACCAAGCAAGAAGGAGACCAAGGCUGAUUUGGGAAGAUUAAAGGCUUGAUACUGAAGAAUAUCUAA